CACCAUCCCCCCUCCCUAGCGAGAGAUGUUGCCGGCGGCGGCGGUGGCGGCGCUGCCGCUGGACGACGACAACCUGCUCUCCGAGAUCCUCCUCCGCCUCCCGCCGCUCCCGUCCUCCCUUCCCCGCGCCUCCGCCGUCUGCAGGUGCUGGCGCGGCCUCGCCUCCGACCCAGCCUUCUCCCGCCGCUUCCGCCUCCACCACCGCCGCAACCCUCCCCUCCUCGGUUACUUCUACGGAGAUUUCCACCAGAUCCACUUCGAGCCUACUCUGGAGGGCCCCAAUCGUGUUCCGCCCGGGCGCCUCUCCUUGCAUUUGAACUCCCACUUCCGAUUGCUCGGGUGCCGCCAUGGCCUCGUAUUAAUCUUGGACGAGACGCCGCUCCAGCUCCUGGUGUGGAACCCCAUCACCGGCCACCAGCAUCGCCUAGUCAUUCCCAUGGAGUUCGAUCCGACCAAGUCCUUGAUCAACCGGGCGGUGCUCUGCUCUGCUGCCGGAGGUAUCCACUUCAAGGUUGUCUUGACAGUGGCAACCGACGACUACGAGGUGCUCGCCUGCGUUUACUCGUCAGAGACCGGGGUGUGGGGAACCACAACCCAACUACGGAAGAGGAAAACCGACUGUGAUGGUGCUGCAUCAUGGGGGGUGGGAAGAACUAUUGAACUGGACAAGCUACUUUCUCUUGAUUCAGAGCCGUACACAUGGAUUCAGGGGUUUGCUGAGGACAAGAAUUUGGUGUUCCUGUGUGCCGGUAACAGCAACUUCACCGUCCAGCUCGAGUCUUUGCAGUUCAAGAAACUUCCCACACCCAGAAUGAAUUGCUUUCAUCCAUUUGAAAGUGUCUAUGCUGCAGGUAUCUAGAGUUGUAUUCUGGUUGCUGAGAUGCAGGAGUGGGCUUGAUUUUUUCCAUUUUGCCAACUUCGCUCUGUUAUCUAAUUUCUGGACAUGAUUAGCCAACAGGCAUGUUGAAGAUACAUUGACUUGCUUCGAUUAAUUAGUACUUAUGUUGUCGUUCGUUUGCCAGAUGCUUACCAAGCAACCACGUUGAAACAAGUUUUCCCUGCC